AUGAACAGAACGUCCCCGAAACGCCCGCGCUUUUUCCAGCUUUACAUACCGCACGACGACGAACUUACCCUGAGCUUGCUGAAGAGAGCGCAUCAGAGCGGGUUCGAGGGGUGUAUCCUCACGACGGAUACGCCGCAGCUGGGAUGGCGGCACGACGACGUGGCGACGAGCAAUUAUGCUUUCCACCGCGGCAUGGGAGGCGAUCUUGGUUUCACGGAUCCCGUCUUCCAGAGACGGAUGCGCGAGAACAGAGUGGACCCGAAACAAGGCCCGGUGAGGGCGGCGACCAUGUGGAUCGACACCAUCUGGCACGGACGGGCGUGGUCGUGGGAGAAGGCGGUUUGGGCUAGAGAACGGUGGCAGGAGAUUGCCGGGAAGGAUAAGCCCUUUUUGAUUAAGGGCAUUCAAAGCGUAGCCGACGCCAAAAAGGCGGCGGAUUUGGGGUUCGAGGGUAUCGUGGUUGGCGAUCAUGGGGGAGGAAGGGGUGAGACAUGUGUUGAGGAGUCUGUUGGCGGAUUUUGA